AUGGUGUCCUUCCGUCUCGCCACCAUCGUGGCCCUCGCCGCGUCCUUCGUGUCGGCCUCGGUGCCCAAGUCCGCCCACUUCGACCUAACCGAGCCAUCCUACGACCUCUUCCGCAGCAAACCACUGCACGACGACACCGUCCAGCAAGGCUUCGCCUUCGACAACACAAACCGGCGGCUCUUCGUCUCCCAACGCCUCAACGGCGCCUCCGACACCUCCGGCAACCUGUGCAUCACCCAACUCGACUUCUCCGGCAAGAUUCUCGGCCACAUGCACUUGACUGGCUUCGGCCACGGCGUGGCCUUCGGCGCCCAAGCCUCCGGGUCCUCAACCUACCUCUGGACCGAAACCGACGUCAACUCUAACGGCUACGGCCAAAAGCUCGGGCGGUUCAAGUUCGUCAACGGCGCUACCCUGUCCCACACCUCCAGCAGCGUGCAAAAGUUCUCUCCCGUCUCCGGCGGGAAAGAGUACACCGCCUCCAUCGACCCCGUCAACAGCCGUCUUGUGGUGCGCUACCAGCUCUCCGACGGCAAGCACAUCGCGCUGUACGACCUGGCGGCCGCGACCAAGGGUGACUUCUCGGCCCCGCUUGUCAACUUCAAGCAACCGCUGCCGCCGACAAAGGGGAAGAACUUCCAGGGGUAUACCGCCUACGGGAGUUUCUUGUAUCUGCUGUGGGGGGAUUCGUACGAUGUCAGCUCGACGCUGAACUCGGAGGUUGCUGCUGUGGAUCUGAACACCGGCGCUGUCACGCAGGGCCCGGUGUUGACUAAGGCUGGGUCGACGCUGAGUUUCCGCGAGCCGGAAGGGUUGGCGAUUUAUGAGACUGCGGCUGGGGAGGUGAGGCUGUUUUUGGGGUUUGCGUCGGGUGCUGCGGGGGAUAGGCGGUCGAAUUUGUUUUAUAAGAAUGCGACGGUUGCUUAA